UUACAGAAGACAUGACAUGAAGUGUCACAAUACUGAAUGUGUCAUAUGACUGCAGUAUACCUCAAGGAUACUAUCGGUCGUCUGUUGCGUAAACUUCUCAAUUGUUUUAAACUUUCUAAAUAAAUAGAUCUAUAGAUCUAAACUUUUAAAACGAGAACAAAUUGUGCGUAUUCUAUUUUAUCGAUAUUUAUUAAAAUAAAUGUUUAUAAAAGCUACUGAAGAAACCAGAAUUUACAAGAACAUAAUGAAUCUACAGUUACUUAUUUUAUUGUUCGUAUUUCUAGGAAAUAAAUUGACUAUAGCUGAUAAACCUAACAUGAAUGAUCUAGAGAAUACCAUAUGUCCUAAAGAAAAGCCCUUUCUGUGUGUGCCGUAUGGCAGUUGUUGCAGUGAUAUUGAAUACUGUCAUGCCGGUAAAUGUGAACAAUGCUUUGCAAAGAAUAUAUCGGAAUGUGACCUGCUGAUCUAUUGUAAAGAUGAAAGUCUUCACGACGAGUCCAAAAUGAAAAAGGGGGUGUGCGCUAAAGCCUGUGAAGUUAGACUCGCCGCAUCGAAGUUGUCAGAAUGUGAUGAAGGAGACAAUUGGAAGACCAUUUUUAUCAUCGUGAUUUCUGUGCUUGUUGCUGGCGUUACGAUUUGCAUCAUUAUUUUUGUGAUAAUGAGAUAUAAGAAAAUAAAACAACGAAGAAGAAUGCCUCCAAAAAAUGAUCCAGAAAAUAACAAUACAGAAGAGCCUCUAAUGGCGUCAGAUAUUCCUGUACAGCCAGACCUAGCCCGUGCUCUUUCACAAGAAGAAGAAAACAAUAGAGAUGAAGACGAGAAUGAUGACCUGCCGCCAGACGGAAAUGGAAUUGAACUAAGAGAAUUUGAUGGAUAGACUAUCCACAGACACUCUUCCUCGUUGAUAGAUUCAACACGUUCUACAGCCAUGCACUGGAGAUAAGAAAUCCCGGAGGAAACGAAUGUAUCAAAAAGAGGUUUUAGAAAACAGAAAAUUGAAUACGAACGAAAAAUGUUAUAACCGUCUGAUGGCCAAAAUUAUAUUCCUAUGUAACUAAGGAUGCCCCGUGUUGGUUUGAAUGAGACUGAUACGUUUUGUUGAGACUUUGAGAAGCUGAAGAGAAGUUGCGUGGAAUUUUGAGAAGCUGAAGAGAAGUUGUGUGGAAUUUUGAGAAGCUGAAGAGAAGUUGUGUGGAAUUUUGAGAAGCUGAAGAGAAGUUGUGUGGAAUUUUGAGAAGCUGAAGAGAAGUUGUUUGGAAUUUUAAGAAGCUGGAGAGAAGUUGUUUGGAAUUUUGAGAAGAUGGAUUUAUCACAUUUUCAUGAACGUAGAUGUAUGCAUUUGAAAUAACUGUUAAACAAAGUAUAGUGUACGAACCGACCUCAAGUGAGUCCACAUGUUAUCACCAUGAUUGACCUUUAUUAAAACGACUCUCAGAAAGAUAUCACAUGACUUUAAAGGUAACGAAAUAUUUUUAAGGAUCUUCCACACUGAACGUCUAUCUGGAAACAUCCAGAGCCAAACCAAUAAAUCAACGGAGCGGCUGCAUCAACCAGUGCCUACUGAGCGCAGGAAUCAAACCUACGGAUGAACAGAAGCUACAACACCCGUUGACUUCUGCGUGUAAGUUCUAAAUGAAUCAAACCUAAAAAUUAACUAAACCUACUGAAAUCAGUUACUACUGACAGCAAGGCCUAAAUGAAUUAAGCGAACCUACAACACCAGUCAACUACAGCGUGAAAGUUAUUUAAUGAAUCAACCCGAUAAAUCAACAAAGCCUACACCAACCAGUGACUACAGCGUGAAAGUUAUUUAAUGAAUCAACCCGAUAAAUCAACAAAGCCUACACCAACCAGUGACUACAACGUGAAAGUUAUUUAAUGAAUCAACCCUAUAAAUCAACUGAGCCUACACCAACCAGUGACUACAACGUGAAAGUUAUUUAAUGAAUCAACCCGAUAAAUCAACAAAGCCUACACCAACCAGUGACUACAGCGUGAAGGUUAUUUAAUGAAUCAACCCGAUAAAUCAACAGAGCCUACACCAACCAGUGACUACUGUGUGAAAGUUAUUUAAUGAAUCAACCCUAUAAAUCAACUGAGCCUACACCAACCAGUGACUACUGUGUGAAAGUUAUUUAAUGAAUCAACCCGAUAAAUCAACAGAGCCUACACAAACCAGUGACUACUGUGUGAAAGUUAUUUAAUGAAUCAACCCGAUAAAUCAACAGAGCCUACACCAACCAGUGACUACAGCGUGAAGGUUAUUUAAUGAAUCAACCCUAUAAAUCAACAGAGCCUACACCAACCAGUGACUACUGUGUGAAAGUUAUUUAAUGAAUCAACCCGAUAAAUCAACAGAGCCUACACCAACCAGUGACUACUGUGUGAAAGUUAUUUAAUGAAUCAACCCGAUAAAUCAACAGAGCCUACACCAACCAGUGACUACAGCGUGAAAGUUAUUUAAUGAAUCAACCCUAUAAAUCAACAGAGCCUACACCAACCAGUGACUACAGCGUGAAAGUUAUUUAAUGAAUCAACCCGAUAAAUCAACUGAGCCUACACCAACCAGUGACUACAGCGUGAAAGUUAUUUAAUGAAUCAACCCUAUAAAUCAACAGAUCCUACACCAACCAGUGACUACAGCGUGAAGGUUAUUUAAUGAAUCAACCCGAUAAAUCAACAAAGCCUACACCAACCAGUGACUACAGCGUGAAAGUUAUUUAAUGAAUCAACCCGAUAAAUCAACAGAGCCUACACCAACCAGUGACUACAGCGUGAAAGUUAUUUAAUGAAUCAACCCGAUAAAUCAACAAAGCCUACACCAACCAGUGACUACAGCGUGAAGGUUAUUUAAUGAAUCAACCCUAUAAAUCAACAGAGCCUACACCAACCAGUGACUACAGCGUGAAGGUUAUUUAAUGAAUCAACCCUAUAAAUCAACAGAGCCUACACCAACCAGUGAUUACUGCGUAAAUGUUAUGAACAAUGCCUCAAUUUAAACUGGAAAAAAAAAAUUAGUAUUUACAGAAACGUUUCAAUCAAUAGAAGAAAAAAUAUCUGGUCACUUUUAGGAAAAAACUUGUAAUCUAAUAAGUGUCACCAAAGGCUUGAAUCGUUAGAUUGGAUGCUAUUGACAAAGUAUGGAGAAGAAACAAGAAUUGUUUGGUGCACUAUUAUAGGCCACAAGCUAUUUACUGUUUGAAGUGUAAAACUAUUAUAGGCCACAAGCUAUUUACUGUUUGAAGUGUAAAACUAUUAUAGGCCACAAGCUAUUUACUGUUUGAAGUGUAAAACUAUUAUAGGCCACAAGCUAUUUACUGUCUGAAGUGUAAAACUAUUAUAGGCCACAAGCUAUUUACUGUUUGAAGUGUAAAACAAAAUUUUGUUGGAAAUGUGAAGAUUAGAGCUUUGGUAAAAUAUGCCUCUACCACCAGUCUUACUUGCUGUCUCCGUAGAUAGUGGUCAUCACCCUCUUCAGAAAUGAUGUCCACUUCCCUGAGAUCUUCCAUGAAGGUGCGGCGCCAUGCUAUACUUGGACAGACCUGAUUGCCUUUUUUUUUUAUUUAGGCGCCCAUGUUAUUGCAUCUAGAAAAUUAAUUGAAGAAGCGCAAUAUCUUUGAGGUGUAUUCAGUGAUUAUAAAAUAUUAGCUUAAAGCCAAUAAUGUUUAGUGAAAACGCAAAUGAUUUGUAGUUGUUAAGUUGAAUUCUAUCCAGUUCUUAAGCAUACAAGUGUUCAAUAUCUAAGCUAAUUUAAAACUCAAUGUGUAUUUGGAAUGACAUGUUUCUGUCCAAAGGCUUCUUAAAAAUAAAUUAGAAAAAAAUGUUACUAUACAAUUUUGCACAACUAACUAUAUUUUAUCACACAUAUAAUGUAGUUGCAACUAUUUAUUGCUAUGUACAAUUUUCUUUUGUGUACUGAAGAUUCUCUUAGUUUUUUUUUUUUUAUUACAAAGCUUAUAUCAACUCACUCAGUCUGUCUGGUACAAAUUUUGAACAUGUUGAAACUUUGCACAAUAUUCAUUGUUAAUGACAAAGCAUGAAUCUAUAUAAAAAAAAGACAUUUUUUAAAUCAAUUAUUGGUGAUUAAUUAUUUUGUUUGAUAUCAAAAUAAGGGGAGUAAAUGCUAUUUAAUAAGAGAUGUGGAUGUAUAUGUGGAUUGAAUCCUCUUAUUACAUUUCGAUAAGUUUUUUCUCCCACUUCCCAUUCUCAGAUCAAGUUGAAAUUUCGCAAAAACUUUCAUAGUCUUUGACAAUACACGAAUCAAUAAAAAAAAUAACCUAUUAGUCAAUCAAUUAGUAUCAAUUAACUAAUUUUGUUUUAUAUAGCAGAAAGUUUGCUUAAUUCUCACAAUUUUCAGAUAAAUGACUACAAUUAGCGUUUCUUUACCUUAGAUAAGCUUUUGGGUUUUUUUUUUACAAGUAGUCUUUUUUUUCUACUUCUUGUUUGUUUGUUGUUGUUGUUGUUUUUUUACAUUUGUUUUUAAAUCUAUUUUACAUUUGUAGUUUGGUGUAAUAUACCUAAAUAUGUUUUAUUUCAAUAUAUAAUCCAAUUAUUAUUAUCACUUAGUAUUGCUGUAUAUGUGCACAACUUCUUUUGAUAACCUAAUAAACAUAUCAUAAAAGUAA